AUGGCUGGCAAGCUUCAGGAUGUAGACAAGAUGUGCUCUGCCAAGAUGCCAGAGGAGCCCAAGAAGUCUGUGGUGCCUUUGUCCUUCCCAGCGGGUCCACCCCCCACCAAGGUUGUGACUUCAUCCUCAUCCAGUGACAGCAGCAGUGACAGUUCCUCAGAGAAUGAUGACAGCUCAAGUGAUACCUCCAAGAAAGAGGUAGCCCCAGAGGUGUUGGAGUUCCAGGAGCAAUUUCAAGUUGAAAACAAUAGUAGCAACAGUAAGAUAAACAAGAAGGGGCCAGUGCCCAUGAAGAGCCAGCCCCCUCCAGGGUAUAAGUCAGAGGUGGAGGACGAGGGCAAGUCCAUGUCCUACAAGGAGAAGUGCCAGCUUGCCCUAGACAUCAGCAAGCUCCCAAGUGAGGAGCUGCACCACGUGGUAUACAUCAUCCAGUUUAGGGAACCUUCACUCAAGGUGUUCAGCCCCAAUGAGAUUGAGGUCGACUUGGAGACCCUGCAGCUGUCCACCCUGCAGGAACUGCAGCACUAUGUCAUCUCCUGUUUGCAGAAGAAACAAAUACCUCAAGCUGAGAAAGCAGAUGUGAUUGUUGACUCCAACAGAACAAAGGACUUAUCCUCGGAGUUGGAGAGCACCAACAAGUCCAGCUCCACUAAGAGUGAAGACUCCAAAACAUGUCAUGCCUAA